AUGAUCAGCGCCCCUGACGUGGUGGCCUUCACCAAAGAGGACGAGUUCCAGGAGGAGCCUUACAAUGAACCGGCCCUGCCUGAGGAGUACUCGGUGCCGCUGUUUCCCUUUGCCAGCCAGGGAACCAACCCAUGGUCUAAACUGUCCGGGGCCAAGUUCUCACGGGAUUUCAUCCUCAUUUCCGAGUUCUCUGAGCAAGUGGGACCCCAACCCUUAAUGACCAUUCCCAAUGACACCAAAGUUUUUGGCACUUUUGAUCUCAAUUAUUUCUCCCUGCGUAUCAUGUCUGUGGAUUACCAGGCAUCCUUCGUGGGCCAUCCUCCUGGUUCUGCCUAUCCCAAGCUGAACUUUGUGGAAGACUCUAAGGUAGUGCUGGGUGACUCCAAGGAGGGAGCCUUUGCAUAUGUGCACCAUCUCACCCUCUACGACCUGGAGGCCCGUGGCUUCGUGAGGCCUUUUUGCAUGGCUUAUAUCUCAGCAGACCAGCACAAAAUCAUGCAGCAGUUCCAGGAGCUAUCAGCUGAAUUUUCUAAAGCUUCUGAGUGCUUGAAGACAGGUAACAGAAAGGCAUUUGCUGGCGAACUUGAAAAAAAGCUGAAGGACUUGGAUUACACCAGGACAGUGUUGCACAGAGAAACAGAGAUCCAGAAGAAAGCCAACGACAAAGGCUUUUACACAUCUCAGGCGAUUGAGAAAGCCAAUGAGCUAGCUAGUGUGGAGAAAUCCAUCAUUGAACAUCAAGACCUGCUGAAGCAGAUCCGCUCAUACCCCUAUCGGAAGUUGAAAGGGUCUGCUUUGAGUGCUGGUGAGGCAGACCACACCCAGAAUCAAACUGGUAAGGCAUCCACUACCAUUAACCCUGAUGAGUCUGCCGACGCUGAAAUUUACACUAGCAGACCAGACUACACACCCAAACUCAUCAAAGCAAAGUCCACCAAGUGCUUUGACAAGAAGCUGAAGACAUUGGAAGAGCUCUGUGACACUGAAUAUUUUACCCAGACGCUGGCUCAGCUCAGUCACAUUGAGCACAUGUUUAGAGGAGACCUGUGCUACCUCCUGACCAGCCAAAUUGACAGAGUCCUUCUAAAGCAACAGCACAUAACCAACUUCCUCUUUGAAGACUUUGCAGAGGUUGUUGACAGGGUAGUAGAGAAAGAAGGUAGUGUAUCUCUUGAGCCUAGUCAAGACAGGCCACCUUCAAGAUGUCUGGAAGAAUGUCUGAUACCCAAAGUGUUAAUUAGUGUUGGUUCUUACAAGUCCAGCGUAGAGUCUGUGCUGAUCAAGAUGGAGCAGAGACUUGAAAAUGAAUACAAGAAACUGGAGGUGACAGAAGUUAGCAGUUUUGACCCCCAGGAGAACUUGGACUACCUGGAUAUGGAUAUGAAAGGGAGUAUCAGCAGUGGUGAAAGCAUUGAAGUUCUAGGGACGGAGAAGCCCACCUCUGUGCUGCCUAAGUCUGACAGCCAAGCCAGCCUCACAGUACCACUGAGCCCCCAGGUGAUGCGGAGUAAGGCUGCUAGCCACAGGACCAUCAGUGAGGACAGUAUUGAAGUCCUCAGCACCUGCCCCUCUGAGGCUCUCAUCCCUGAUGACUUUAAGGCCAGCUACCCAAGUGCUAUUAAUGAAGAAGAAUCUUAUGCAGAUGACAAUGAGGGAGCCAUCCUCUUCCAGGCAAGCACCAGCCCUCUGGAGCUGGGGGAGGCAGAGGAAGGCAGCUUAGAGAAUGCCCCAUCACACACUGACUCCUCCUGCUGUAUUGGAAAAGAGAGUGACAGUUUGCUAGCACCUCUCCCUGCUCUGGCCCACAAGCUCUCCGAUGACGAUGGAGUGGUGAGCAUCCCCCCACAACGUUACAGGCAGAAGGACCAGGGCUUUCAUGUGGACUUUGCAGUGGAAAAUGUCAACCCUUCUUCCCAAGAUAACAGUGCCGAAAGCUUCCCCCCUUAUGAACUGGAUCCUCACUGCUUGCUGGCCAGCCGAGAUGUCAGUAGGACCAGCCUGGACAACUACUCAGACUCCACCAGCUACAUGAGCAGUGUGGCCUCCACCAGCUCAAACAGGACUUCCUUAUCAUCUCAUGCCACUGGCACCUCAUCUGAAAGACAUAAGAAGAGGGCUGGCCAGAAUGCCUUAAAAUUCAUCCGCCAGUACCCUUUUGCCCACCCAGCCAUCUACUCCUUGCUCAGUGGACGGACACUUGUGGUCCUGGGGGAGGAUGAGGCCAUCGUCAGGAAGCUUGUGACAGCGCUGUCCAUCUUUGUACCUAACUUUGGCCACUAUGCCAAGCCUGUGAAGCACUGGGUCUCCUCUCCUUUACAUAUUACAGAUUUCCAGAAGUGGAAGCUUAUUGGCCUGCAGAGGGUGGCCUCCCCUGCCAGUGCUGGCACCCUCCAGGCCCUGAGCCGCUAUAGCCGCUACACGAGCAUCCUGGAUCUGGACAACAAGACCCUGCGCUGUCCCCUGUACAGAGGCACCCUUGUGCCCAGGCUGGCUGACCAUCGCACCCAAAUCAAGCGGGGUAGCACCUACUACAUGCACAUCCAGAGCAUGCUCACCCAGCUCUGCUCCAAGGCUUUCCUGUAUACCUUUUGUCACCACCUGCAUCUGCCUGCCCAUGACCGGGAGACCCAGGAACUGGUGGCCAGUCGCCAGGUGAGCUUCCUGAAGCUGAACUUGGGUCUCGUGAAUGAGGACAUCAAGGUGGUCCAAUACCUGGCUGAGCUGCUAAAGCUGCAGUACAUUCAGGAGUCUCCUGGGAACAGCCAGCCCAUGCUCAGGUUUGACUAUGUCCCUAGCUUUUUGUAUAAAAUCUGA